UUCCAGACUUACCUUUCCUCCAUCAUCGCUUGAUUCCCUGACCUUGUCAGCUCUGACUUAGCUCUUUCGCAUCUCCCAUACCACCGGUCCUCCCCUUCGCCUCCACGAUCGCGUUCCUGUGGCUUCCGAGUGAGGUCGCAAUCCCUUCACCAUGGUUCAAAUCAGUGAAGUGAAGGGCAACUCGCGCGAGAACAGAACAGCAGCCCACACGCAUAUCAAGGGUCUGGGUCUGCGGUCAGAUGGCACUGCAGAGGCAUCGGGUGAUGGCUUCGUUGGACAGACAACUGCCCGUGAGGCAUGUGGUGUCGUGGUUGACCUGAUCAAGGCUAAGAAGAUGGCUGGCCGGGCUGUUCUUCUGGCUGGUGGACCCGGAACUGGCAAGACAGCCCUAGCCCUUGCCGUGUCGCAAGAGCUGGGAACCAAAGUCCCGUUCUGCCCGAUUGUUGGUAGUGAGAUCUACUCGGCUGAGGUUAAGAAGACAGAGGCGCUCAUGGAGAACUUCCGGAGGGCAAUUGGUCUCCGUGUCCGCGAAACCAAGGAAGUGUACGAAGGUGAAGUUACGGAGCUUACCCCCGAAGAAACCGAGAACCCACUGGGAGGAUACGGUCGCACGAUCAGCCAUUUGAUCAUCGGAUUGAAGUCCGCCAAGGGUACCAAGAAGCUGCGCCUGGACCCCAGCAUCUACGAAGCCAUCCAGAAGGAGCGGGUCACCGUGGGAGACGUCAUCUACAUCGAAGCGAAUACCGGAGCCUGCAAGCGGGUUGGCCGUUCCGACGCUUAUGCGACCGAGUUCGAUCUCGAGGCGGAGGAGUAUGUUCCCGUACCGAAGGGAGAGGUUCACAAGAAGAAGGAGAUUGUUCAGGACGUGACGCUGCAUGACCUGGACAUGGCCAACGCACGGCCCCAGGGUGGACAGGAUGUGAUGAGCAUGAUGGGACAACUCAUGAAGCCCAAGAAGACCGAGAUCACGGAGAAGUUGCGCCAGGAGAUUAACAAGGUCGUCAACCGCUACAUUGACCAAGGUGUUGCGGAGCUUGUUCCUGGUGUUCUUUUCAUCGAUGAGGUCCACAUGCUUGACAUCGAAUGCUUCACAUAUCUCAACCGGGCCCUCGAAUCCUCCAUCUCUCCCAUUGUCAUUCUCGCCUCUAACCGCGGCAACACCGUCAUCCGCGGCACGGACGACAUCACCGCCUCCCACGGCGUUCCUCCCGACCUUCUCGCCCGUCUCCUCAUCAUCCCCACUCAUCCCUACUCCCCUGACGAGAUUAAGACCAUCAUUCGCCUGCGCGCUAAGACGGAGGGCUUGAACAUCACUGACCCCGCUUUGGACAAGGUCUCGGAGCACGGUAGCAAGGUCAGCUUGCGGUAUGCCCUGCAAUUAUUGACCCCGGCAAGCAUCCUUGCCCGUGUAAACGGACGUCCAGGAGGCAUCGAGGAAGCCGACGUGGCAGAGUGUGAAGAUCUGUUCCUGGAUGCGCGGAGGAGCGCCUCGAUCGUGAACCAGGAUAGCGAGAAAUACCUUAAAUAAAUGGAGCACAAUAGGGAUCCACUUCACUUGGAGUUAAUGUGAGCUUCUAGAAUUAUUCGGCAACCUGGAACGGGAAUUGAAAUCCAUUGAGAGAUAAGGAAACAGAAAGCGAACAAACGAGGAAACAUCCAAGGCAAAGCUAAAUGUAUACCAUGUCUGAUGUGACUGUAUGUUUGGUAUGGCAGCUUUUUUUUUCUAAACUGGGAAAGAGCGAUUGCUUUUUUUUUCUAUGAAUGAGCUAUUUUACGUUAAUGUCAACUAGUAUUCGGAUCUUCGCUUCCCAUCUU